CCUGAACAUCACCAUCAUCUGCAGGACUAAACUGAGGCACAAUGUCGGACUUUGAUUUGUCGGAUGCACUGGACUGCCCACCUGACAGCAGGCGUCCCCCCAGCGACACAGAGCAGGAUGUGGAGCAUGAAGUGAAGCUCAGCGAUGACCUGGACCUGAUGGUCACUCGCAACAGGACGACCAUGAAGAGAGUGGCCAACCUGGUGCUGGCCGUCAACAAGCUGAGCAGGCCCCUGUCUCUGUGCGGCAGAGAGCUCAGCGACGUGGAGCUCUGCGGCGCCAUCCUGGAGUGCGUGGUGGAAGAAACGAUAUUCAAGGAAGAAUGGAAUUCCUUCCCCAGACAACUGAAGCCUCUCUUCCGGCGGUGCAGCAGCAGUGUGUGUGAGGUCACGGUGUGCGACGAGUUCCACAAAGAUUUAAUCUUGACAACUCAAGAGAUGAGACUGCAGGCCAUCACCCUGAGAGCCGGAAACGAGGAUCGCGAAGUGAACUUUGUGAUGUGCUACUACAAUCCGCCUCCCAGCAUACCUUGUUUGACGGUUCUGCUGUCUGUCUCCAAGAACCUGCACAUUUCUUGCUCCAUGGAAGAAGGGAAAGUUUCGCUGAAAUUGGAGCAAUACAGCCAGGAGUCUCUGAAGGAGAUCAGCCAGGCUGACGGCUUGGACCGCUUUCUCUUCUACAAGAACCCCCCACCCGGUGGCUCCAUGUACAGAUUUGAGUCGGUGAAGUUCCGCGGCUGGUUCAUCAGCACUUCCUCUGUGGAGGUCGACAACUCAGUGGAGAUGUGCCAGGAGACCGCCCACAGGGUCACCUGCUUCAGAGUCAUGGAGCAGGGGAAGAAAUAGACAUUUAAGCUGUUUGCAUUUCUUUGCUUCACCAGUGGAUGGAGAAACGUAUUUAUUUCCUCAGGUUGCGGUAAAGCACCGUUCUGAGUUUUAAGGUAUAAAACAAAAAUAUCUGUUUUUCAAGCAACAAAAACUGACUUGCUUUGCUACUUUGCUUAGUGGGAAGUAAUGUAAGAGGAUAUUCCUAAAAAUAAUUGAUGUAAUGCUUUUUUUUUUUUAGCAUAUGAUCUAACGUUAUGAAUGUGUUUCGUUAUCUACUUAUUGUAUGACUAUGUUUAUGUAUUUUGUUAAAUUUGUCAAGUUUUUUUGGGAAAUGUGUGAAAUGUGUGUACGUACAU